UCUGUGUCUUGUGUGUAAACAACCGUCGGUUGAGACAUUUAAAUAGACAGCUGUCAGAAAAGACGACGUAGCGACCACGCUGCCGGCCGUCCCGUACUGCCGCACUCGGAGCUAUGAUGCUGCAGCACGACUCCUCGAGGACCUCGCCGCCGGCGUUUCUCGUCUCAAAGAAACGACCGUCUCCGAGAUCCACCGCGCCCGCCCUCGCUCGGAACUUCGCCGAGACGCUGCCGACGGAGAUGAGCGCGAAGAUCUUCGGCGAGCUGGACGCGGAGAGCCUGUGCAGCGCCGCGCGCACCUGCCGGCUGUGGCACGACAUCAUCGCGGAGAGCGAGCAGGUGUGGCGGAGCCAGUGUCUGCCGCUCCGAGCCGUGUGUCAGAGGGAGGUGGACGGAGACCGGCGGGACGGCCUGUCCUGGAAGGUGACCCUGGUGAAGAACUACCGGAGGAGCUGUAUGAAGAGAGACUGGCUGAGAGGACUCUACAGCCACGUCAGGUCGGCCCAGGAGCUCAGCGGCAGGAAGAUGGUGCCGCUAGACGCCGAGACCUGGGGGGAGAUCCUGCAGGCCGAGCUGGACAGAUGACCACACACACAGAAACACACACACACACACACACACACACACAGAAACACACACGCUGUACUUCACGGAUCUUCAUUCAAAAAGCACUUCUGAGUGCCUGAUUGUAAACUCUUAAUAUAUUUUAUACUUUUGUCUUUUUAUGUAAAUACACACAAAACAAUUGUACAUAU